AUGAUCGAUUGUAGCACGAGUGAACAAAUUGCCAUUCAAACAGUUUUUGGAAGCACUGUUCGUCAGGCAACAAAUGAUACCGGUGAUAUCCACACCACAUUCAGAGCUGAAUUAAAAUCACUUCUUAAUGCCAAGUCAGAAGAACAAUUCAACAAAAUCUGGUCUACAUUUAAAACCUUGUAUGAAACGAAUUAUAGCGAUUUCGUUGAAUAUUUGGAAACAUCCUGGUUGCCUAAAAAAAAGAACUGGGCUUUAGCGUGGAGAUUGGACGUCUCAUUUCAUACCAACAACAUGAUGGAGGCGUACCACUCUGCGUUAAAAUCUCUUUAUUUAGGUAAAUCCGGCAGCGCAAGAGUGGAUCGGGUGGUGUAUUUGGUUACCCAGGUGUUAGAAAUAGACUAUAGAGGAGAAAACUUGCAGAAAAAUCUUGGUUUACAUAAAACAGCAGGAGCCCGAAAGCAAGCACCUGCAGUUUUAGAAGUUUCAGAA